ACUACAGACUACAAUGCAAGACUGCAAGUAGUUACAGAGGGGGAUCUAUCAUCAUUAUCCCCCGGCACACGCUGAUCCCUGCGGAGCAACCAGUCCACGUCGAUGUAAACAACUCUAAGAAGAUAGCAUGGCAGCAGAAGCUGGUGCUCCCAAGCCAACCAGGCCUAAAAAAGAGCCGCAGCCGCUGAUUAUACCCAAGAAUGCCACGGACGAGCAGAGGCUGAGGCUGGAGCGGCUGAUGAGGAAUCCGGAUAAACCUGCUCCAAUACCCGAGAGGCCAAAAGAAUGGACGCCGCGGAGCGCCCCAGAGUUUGUCCGAGAUGUUAUGGGAUCCAGUGCUGGGGCUGGCAGUGGCGAGUUUCAUGUAUAUCGACAUCUUCGUCGCAGGGAGUAUCAAAGACAAGAAUUUAUGGAUGCAAUGUCGGAGCAUCAAAAAUUAGAUGAAGACUUUGAAAGGAAACUAAAGGAAAACCAAAUCCAGGCAGAGGAGAGAACAGCAAAGCGCAGACAGAAACGGCAAAAAUUAAAAGAGAAGAAAAAGGCUAAAAAAGCAAAUAAAGAAGAAAAAGAUGCAAGCACAGAUGGGAAGCAGUCACAGAAGGCUGGGGAGUCCCGCUCAGAAGAAGAGGGAGACUCAGAUGAAUAGUCCAUUAUGCUCAUCAGUGGAAAAUAGAAAACUAUUUUGGACUUUACCUCAAAUGGGAAAAUAUGUAUAUUUUUUAUUAAGAAUUGUGUUAUGUACUGCAGUUGAUUCUUACCACCUGUAAGGAUUGUAUGCCAAAAGACUACAAGUAUGGAAUGGACAAUGUUCGGGUUUGUUACUGAACUUAUGUUACGUAUGAAAGCGUGACUUGAUGAGUUAUAAAUGUAGAGCAGUUUUCAGUGACUAUACGCUUGCAUCCUACUCCGCACAGAGAUACAGGAGGUAACAUUAUUGCACACUUAGAAAAGGAAUCAGUUACUAAACAGAGCAACAGUUCACAGUGACUGUCAGUGUUCCCAUGGCAAUGUACAGUGCUGACACACAUCUUCUCAUGGCUCUGUGUAAUUUGGUUAAAAUGAUAAUGGAUGUGAAUUUUUGUGAAAAAAUGGUGCGCAGGUAGCUGUACAAUAAGGAGCUGUAACAUAAGAGCGCCUGUGGCUGGAGUGGAGAACCAGGACUUGCCUUAUUUCCCAUGUUCCUGGAGCUGGUGGAAGGACCUUAUGGGGUAAUUAAAAAGAUAGGAAAAAGGUCCGGCUAAAUAUAGCCUUAUUAGCUGAAGUAAAAAGCUCCAAUGUUGAAGCGCAUAGGUUUUAAAUCAAAUCUUGUUUUGAUCUUGAAGUUUAUUCCAUUCAUAUGUCAUUAAAUACAGUGAGGGACGUUUGUGUAUGUAUAAAACAAGGAACAGUCACAUUACCCAUGAUCCUCUACUGUAUUUGUUUUGAUUUUCUACACUGUACUAGAAUAAAAACACCACUAUUGGUUACAGCAGACAUGGCCAAACAGUCUGUCACAAUUUACUAGUUGA